AUGACGGAGCGCCACGACGCGGACGUUGCUAACGAGGCGCUCCUCGACCCUCAGCUGCUAUACUCCAAGGAAUACUGCAUUGGCGGAGGCAGCUUUGGCAAGGUAUACAAAGGCGUCGACAAGCGCACUGGCGCGGCCGUCGCCAUCAAGGUCAUCGACAUUGAAAACGCCGAAGACGAGGUCGAAGACAUUAUUCAGGAAAUCGCCAUCCUCUCCGAACUCCAGUCUCCGUACGUCACCAAGUACUAUGGCUCCUACUCCAAGGGUGCCGAGCUCUGGAUCGUCAUGGAGUUUUGCGCCGGCGGCAGCUGCGCGGACCUGAUGAAGCCUGGCCUUAUCAGCGAAGACUACAUUGCUAUCAUCACUCGCGAGCUGCUCUUAGGACUCGAGUAUUUACACGCCGACAAGAAAUUACAUAGAGAUAUCAAGGCUGCCAAUAUCUUACUGAGCGCCGCUGGCCAGGUCAAGCUCGCUGACUUUGGCGUCUCUGGCCAGCUGUCAGCUACCAUGACCAAGAAGAAUACGUUCGUCGGCACCCCUUUUUGGAUGGCGCCAGAAGUCAUCAAGCAAUCGGGUUACGACCACAAAGCCGAUAUCUGGUCGCUCGGCAUCACCGCUCUCGAGCUGGCCAACGGCGAACCACCCUACGCCGACAUCCACCCCAUGAAGGUUCUCUUCCUCAUCCCCAAGAACCCGGCGCCUCGUCUCGAAGGAAACUUCACCAAGGCAUUCAAGGACUUUAUCGAGCUCUGCCUGCAGCGCGACCCCAAAGACAGGCCCAGCGCAAAGGACUUGCUUCGACACCCCUUUAUUAGAAGAGCCAAGAAGACGACGUACCUCACGGAGCUGAUUGAGCGUCAUAGCCGCUGGUCGGCAACGCACAAAGGCGAUGACGACGAUCACUGGGACGCCGCCUCGGCAGGUGUCCCCACCAGACGCGAGAGGGUUGACGAGGACAUGUGGGAUUUCGGGACCGUCCGGCUCGUUGGUGACCGUGGCGGCAUCGUGCCGCGGCCGGGCCUCAACGACCUCACAGACAAGGGCAGAAAUGCGAGAGCAGGGAGAUCACUUGAGAACUCGGAUGACUACGGUGAGACGAGACGCGAAGUAAGCCCGACCAAGGCGCGUGACUUUGCCUUCGAUGCUAGCGACACCGUCAAGGCCACGUCGAGACAGUCGAGCCCGCAGCGGAAGCCGGUGCCGCCAGGAAUGCAGUCGCCCGCCAGGGUCCCCUUGCCGGCAAGCCCCAUGAAGACGGCGAAACAUCUGCUGCCCGAGACACCGACCAGCUCAAAACCUUUACCCCCAGUCAUGCAAGGCCAAUCUCCUGACUAUGACCGGGAGCUGCAGGCCCAGCUACAGCAAGAUAUGAGUGUGCUGAGUUUGGAGUUCCCCACCCAUAACUCACCUCUGCCAGAAAGAAAAGCGCCCCUCGCGGAAAAGCCGCUGCCGCCUGUACAACAAAAUCCAGACUCGAGGCCAUCGUCACGCAUUGGACCGAUUCACCUGCAGGAAAUCCCUCCUUACCGAGGCAGCCCCUCGUCACAAUCACAAUCACAAUUUGCAUCUCCGCAAUCGGCAGCGUCGCAAGUCAGAACACCUGUCAAGUCGCAUUCCCCAGCGCCAGACUUUGCCACGCCAUCAUCGUUCCCGUCUCCGGCACCUGCUAACCCCAACGGCGAGCUGGACGCGCUCAACGAUGUCAUAUUCCCGGCGCUAGAGGAGGCCCUUAAGAGGCGGGAAGAGCGACUUCAGCAUGCGUUUGCCGCUGAGCAAAUGAUGACGGUGAAGCAGCAGAGAGCGGAAGUGGCGCACGACAAGCUGCGCAAGUUGGUGUACAAGCUCGCACACGUGUGCAAGGAGAUUGACCACGUCGAUAAGGCAGAGCCCGUCGGGAUGGGCCGGGAUGUAGGAAACUUCCUGGAGGGCUUACUGGAGGAGAUUUUAGUACGCGUCGAGCCUCUAGAUGAGGAGGAGUUGACACAAUAG